CCUGCUGAGGCGGCCCUGCCGCGCUCCCUUCCCGCCAAAGCCCCUCGGGCGCGCGCGCGCGGGGGGAGGGGCCGCGCUCUCCCUUUGCCCCGCCCCCUUCCGCAGGCCGCGGCCCCUCCAAGAUGGAGGAUUGGCGAGGAGCCUGGUAUGUGCCAUGUCUAGCUUCACUUGAGACCCUCCAAGAAUUAUGUAGGAAGGAAAAUCUCAGAUGUAAAUCCAUUGGAAUCACCAACAGGAGUCUAAAGAGUUAUGAGGUGGAAUAUUUGUGUGACUACAAGGUAGAAGAGGGCACAGAAUACUAUCUUGUGAAAUGGAAAGGAUGGCCAGAAUCUUCAAAUACUUGGGAACCUCAGAAAAAUCUGAAAUGCCCAUUGCUCCUUCAGAACUUUCUUAGUGACAAGAAUGAAUACUUGUCUCGGGUGAGAGAAGGCAAAGCAUUGAAAGUGAGAAACCAUGUUAAAGCUUUGAAACCUGCGGUUGCAGAUUACAUUGUAAAGAAGGCUAAGCAAAGAAUAGCUCUGCAGAGAUGGAAAGAAGAACUCAACAGGAAAAAGAAUCAUAAAGCAAUGAUUCUGGUAGAAAACACUGUGGAUCUUGAAGGCCCUCCUUUAGACUUCUACUACAUUAAUGAGUAUAAACCUGCUCCGGGAAUAAAUGUAAUAAAUGGAAUAACGACUGGCUGUGAAUGCACUGACUGCCCUGCUGAGAAGUGCUGUCCAAAGGAGGCUGGAUUUAUUUUGGCUUACAAUAAAAGAAAGAAGUUGAAAAUCCAGCCCGGUUUGCCCAUCUAUGAGUGCAAUUCGUUUUGUAGGUGUGGGCCUAACUGCCCUAAUAGGAUAGUACAGAAAGGUACACCGUAUUCUCUGUGCAUCUUCAGAACUAACAAUGGCCGUGGUUGGGGAGUAAAAACCCUCCAGGAGAUUAAAACCAACAGUUUUGUGAUGGAGUAUGUUGGAGAGGUGAUUACAAGUGAGGAGGCAGAGAGACGAGGCCAACUCUACGACAACCAGGGAAAUACAUACUUGUUUGAUUUGGACUAUGACUCAGAUGAAUUUACAGUAGAUGCAGCUCGAUAUGGAAAUGUGUCCCACUUUGUCAAUCACAGUUGUGAUCCAAAUCUUCAAGUCUUCAAUGUGUUUAUCGAUAACCUCGACUUGCGUCUUCCUCGUAUAGCGCUGUUUUCUACACGAACCAUCAAGGCUGGAGAAGAGCUAACCUUCGACUACCAGAUGAAAGGUUCAAUAGAUCUGACUUCAGACUCUGCUGAUAGUCUCAGCCCAUCCAAAAAGAGGAUCAGAACUGUCUGUAAAUGCGGAGCGGUGUGUUGCAGAGGUUAUCUCAACUGAGUGCGGGUAUCCAAAGUCACAAAUACUUUGUUCUCUUUUAAAUGUGUUUUAAGAAGACUCUUCUUACACACAGAUGUUCAAGUAUUCUUACAUCUAAUAAGUACACUGAAAAAAAGCAUUACAUUUGUAAUUGAAAUGACAUUGGCCAAAGAAAGAGAUGUCGUGUUUCAGGCAAAUACAAAACUGAAAAUGGGGAUUAAAAAUUGAUUUUUCUUGAACUGUUAUGUAGGAAGCAGCAAAAUGUGUGUUAAGAAAACUCUUUAAAAUGUAUUUUGAGUAUUUGAUUGUGAGCUUACAGCCGCUGGUUUCAGUGGGAUAAAAUAAUGUUACAUAUUUUCUGUACCUUGAAAAGUGUUGGAGACAUUUGAUUUGGAUCCUGAAUUAUAGCUGUUUUUUUGCCUUUUAUUUUUGGUGUAUAAAGAAAAGCUUCAAGACAUUAGCAAUAACAUUUAUGGCACUGGGGUGAAAAAUAAAGGACAGCCAUGGGACUGUCUAAAUGAAGGUUCACAGGAAUGCAAAUCGUAAAAUGUCCAUUGAACUCCAUGCAAGUAAAGCAAAUGGUUUUCACAGAUUCCAGAUACAAGGUUGAGGUCUCGAAUGUUUUUAGCGGAUGUUGUGUUAUUUACAAGUUUUAUGAUAUUUUUUUAAAUUGAUUUUUAGUUAGGAUGCUGUAGGAGGUCUGCAGUUCUACAGAGCGUUUGUAAAUAUGUAACAUACGUUGUUUGCUUUCAUUGCAGAAAUUCGGCAGUCAUUGCUGAAACAAAUCACUGGCUACAGUUUGGAUAUAGGUAACAAAAGAAUAGGGAGAGCAGCCCGUUGUCUAACAAAGCUGAUGCAUUGUGGAGAUAUGCUCAGUUAUCCGUUAGGUGCAAAAAUCCCCUUGGAGUUUAUUUGUAUUCACAAUAUUAAGUUUUUACAUACUGUGACUUUUUUUACCUAGUGACAGACUUUUCAGAUACUAGGCCUGUUUUUUCUUGUUGCAAAAAUGUUAACUUCAGUGAAGUUAGACUAGGAGGGAGUUUACCCAUUUGCUGUAGACCUUAAGAUGUUCUUGAAUGUAAAGCCUGAGAAAUGUACUGUUCUUCAGCUGCUUGAGUCGUCUUGAAUUUCUUUUUGUGAUACCCUAAAGUUGUCUCGAUCUGUAUGUGAAGUUUUGCUUGGCUCCAAAAAUGCCGAAGAGCAGUUGAGGCAGGUUAGGAGUGAAAUUACAGCCAAGGUCCAAGCUCCAGGGGUGACUAAAGUGCUUUAUUCUCAUGGAGUUAAAAGCUUGUAAAACUUGCAUAUCGCUUACAAAUCAUGUAAAUGUUGACAGGGUCGGGCAGAAGAAUGUUGCUCCAUGAAUGGAUGCUUCCUAAGUGGCUGCUAGCUAUGUAUCAUAGGUCAGCUCGUUACCUUUAUAAGGUGCACAGCUGUUGGCUCAGGUGAAUGAAGUCAAGUACCCAGCAUAUAAGCGUUUACCUAAUUUGUUAACAAAUGCCUUAAAUUCCAUCUUUACUAGCACUCCAAGAAGAGUGUUUCAAAGGAUAGUACAGGUUGUUUGUUUAUUAAGAAGCACAGUUGCAUUUGCACUUAAGAUCUGGCUCUUUGGCGGAAAGCGAAGUUUUAAGAUGCUACUGGCCAAAAUCGGCUUCAAGGUUGGGUUGAAGAAUGGGGGCCAUUGAAAGUGCUGUGUAAGUUUUGUAAUCUACGAAGUGUUGAAAUAGAUACUUUAUAUUGUUUAAUGUAGAAAGUUUGCUUAGAUUUUAAAGUGUUUGACAUUACCAGGCUCACCUACAUCCACACACUUGGAUAAAUGCUGAAUCUAGUCUAUUUUUAUCAUGCCAUAUCCCUAAUGAUUUCUUUUUUAUAUAUAUAUAUAAAGUCAAAGUGGAAUGUGGAGCUUUAAUAUUAGCAAACUCUAGAUGAUCGUACAUCAUUUGGAGUCAUUAGUGCUUUCUUUUGCAUGUGACCUGACUUGGCAACACGUUCCACAGGGGGGGAUCUGCAGUCUCCAGCUCCUUAAUCUGCUGCAGGUUCCCUGUGGCUACAGGAUGCUGAGAGUGUCUGUGGCAAGAAAUGGAUUCCUUACCAAAACAGUUUGUCUGGCCUCUCCUGUACGAGAUGGCACAGGGCUGGUUCGACACUCUUUUUGUCUGUGUCCAUGCCUGGUUUCAUUUUAAAUUGCAAGUAAAUGCAUUUUAAAAAAAUAAAAGUCUUACUAGUUGUACCUGAGUUCAGUAUAUCUGCCUCUUUCCCAAGGCAGCGUUGUUGCCACCAGCGCUGGAAUGACACUGCUGUUCUUUGAGGAGAUGCGUGUUACCUCUUGCACGAUACAUAAAGGACCGUUAAUUUCUGUUCUGGGAGGUAACAGCACUUGGUGUUUAUCUGAAGUAAACCCAUGUAUCCAGUUUCCAAUUUAGAGCCUUGAACAGUAUUUUCUAUUUACAUAUUCACAAUGCAUUUGGAUUGCAGUCAAUUAGCUUAAAGUGACACUGUGUCACUUUUAAAAACUCCUUUUGCAGUUUUUAUGAGUUUGGGGGAAAGUUGCCAAAUUAGAAAAGGAGAAAAAGCUAUUUGCAGUUUCUUAAGCAGCCUAAACCAGCCGUGCUUCUGCCUUUGGUUUUGUGGUCUGUUAGCACCAUCAUGGCCACCAGUUCAGUUGUGUUUAUGCACUUCUUAAGAGACUGGUAACCUGUGAUCUGUCCUUCAGCUGUUCUUUGUUUGGUGGGUUUUAAUCUUUUGUUUUGGUAGCAAAACUAAGUCUGCAAGAUCACCUGUAAGAAAAGCUAUUGUCUAUUUAUUUAAUCUCAAAGUUAAGUCGAUCUUUUGGUUAUUUCUAAUGUAUGUUUUAGGAUUGUGUACAGUAGAAUAUGCAGUUUAUAAGCUCAGGAACAUUUUCUUUUCAUAAUGUGUGAUCUCUAGUAUCGCUACCUUCCUAGAGUUUUUGAUAAAAUAAAUUAAAUUUAGUUUUU